UUCCUUAUACAAGAAAUGUUAUAUAACCAAUAAAGUGAUAUUAUCUUAUCUUAAGAGGAAGGACAGGGUGCUAUGGAACAAAGCAUCAUUACACUAGGCCAUCUGUGUAUAGCCCUCCUGAACAAGCCCUGCAGAAAGAGUCAAAAGCAUUUGUUUAGAAGCCUUGAAAAGCACCAGUCAGGACAAAACAAAAUCCCCUAUGGAAGUAGAAAGGUUUGCGGGAGAGAUUACAGCAUUGGACCCAGGAGAGGACUAUGAUACCAGGGACACUACAAGGAGCAGCUGAGGAAUAUUCCAGCUUAAUCUCCUUCCCCACUAUCUCACAUUCAAUACAGAGGAAUCAAGGUAAUUGAGGAAACAUGUUGCUGAAGACAGUCAGGACCAGAGAAGAUACCUAAGAAUCACUGGAGGACUGCACAGAGUUUCAUCACUUUCCUUUGAUGUGAUGGUAAAAGGAACACCAGGUUACUGAUUUUUUUAGAGAAAAAUGCUGCUGGAGUGUGACUCCUACAACUUAGGAAAAUGGGGGAGAGCCAUCUAUUACUUGUAAUUCCAAAUAAUAUACAUUUAUUAAUGUACAGUAUAUAUCACUUUACCACACAGUUAUUUAGUGUUGAUCCAGUUUCGUGCCCUGUCCUCUGCAUUUCCUGCCUUCCUCAAAGGCCCUCUUAACAUAGAUGCUGGGUACCUAAGAAUCACUGAAGGACUGCACAGAGUUUCAUCACUUUCCUUUGAUGUGAUGGUAAAAGGAACACCAGGUUACUGAUUUUUUUUAGAGAAAAAUGCUGCUGGACUUGCCCUUUGGGACAUUAGUUUUGGUAACUGGGGCCCAUGGAGUUUUUUUGUACUGUUCUGUCAUUUAAGAAGUACCUCUGGUGGAUGAGUUGUAUUACGUGUUUUGUGUGUUGGGUAGACAGUUAUAGAAAUUAUUGUGUUAUAGGGAUACUUUUGUGUGUAGUAGAAUAGAGAAUUGUUCUGAAUUGUUCCCCAAUUUAAUUCAAACACCCCAUAAGAAUCCACAAGAAUGUGUUUUCUUUGCAAACAGAAAUUUUAUUACAGCUCUAUAUUCAGUACAGUACAAGAUUACAUGCAAUACAUGUUACAUGCACUCUCAUUUCUAUACUUCUGUCUUUCAGAAUGUACAAUUAUUUACAUUUCAACCAUUGACAUGGAUGGGGGAACCCCUGUUGUGUGUCCAUUUUCCUCCUGCCUGCCUCUUAAACUGUUACUAUCCAAACAUUAACAAGAGCCAUUUCAGGCAGGGUGUUAUGUCCUCAGCCUUUGUAAAAGGCCCAUUGCAAGCAACAAUAGGAGUCACAAUAUACUGUAUCACAAGAAUGUAUAACAUAUUUUCACCAAACAGUGCAUGUGAUGUGCCUAACCUGAUUCAAAUGUGAAUCAAUAAUGAGGAUUAAUAAUAAUAAUAAUAAAAUUAUUUACAAAUACAUAGCACACAAGUAUAAUUCAAUUGGGCAUUCCAAACCUCAAACCACUUCGCAGACAAUGGGGACUCCCCUCCACCACAACCAAUAUUGGGAUUAUUAAGAGGCAAUGACUGGUAAAGGCCAAUGGGGAAAUGUGGCUAGGACACUGGUGUUAACACCCCUUCUCUUUUCAAGAAAGGACUUUUUAAUAACCACAGAGAGUCAGGACUUAUCCGAAAGACGGCGUGUUUAUUUUUGGUAUAAUGUCCCUGUUAAUAUACCGGGACAGAAUGAGUGCACCCUACUGGUUCCACUAACUACAAAAAGCAACCUUAACUUUCCCGGGAGAUUUCUCGUCCAGGUACUGACCGAGCUCACACCUUCUUAGCUGCCGUGGGCUGCCAGUUGUGGAAAAUAGACUGAUAUAACAUCUGGACUUAUUAAAGACAUUGUCUGUAUAGGUUCAUGAAACUGAAACCAAAAUGUACACAUAGGUUGUGCUCAGAGAACGUAUUUUCUGACACCUAUUUUAUUUAAAAGUGUAGUUUAAAAAUCUUAAGGUUUUAAGUAUUGCAGGUUUAUAUUUCCCUUUUGUUUAGCAAUUAUCACCGGACACUGUAUUUUAAAUUUAAAUUACUUGCUUGAUCUUUUACUGCUGAUAGGAGGAAACUAACGUCAAAAACGCCCUUUUCUUGAGGUCUUUCUUUCAUUGGUUUAUCAGACAGCUCAAGGAUUCGUGACGCCGAGGCGUAUGUUUGGUUAAUUUUACAGCAUAGCACGGUUUCCUGAAAAAUUGCUAUGGAGCCGUGGAAUAAACUGGAUAUUGCUUUUCCCAGCGUAAUAUCUACAGUGGAAAUUCGUUCUGAUGGUUGUAUGGAACUCCAUCUGAGGUGCUUUCUCGAAGAAUGUGAAAAGGUAUUGAUAUUGUUGAAGAGUAAAGUCCUGCAGACGGAAAUUCGAAUUAUGAAUGCACUUCUAUAUGUCUUCCACCACAGACUGCGUCAGCACAAACCUUACCGGGCCUUUAAACAGGUUGAACAAUGUGUAAACCGCCUGCAAAACAUGAGACUGGAAGCUGCUUUCCAAGAUAUAAAGGAGAUGUGUCCGAAGAAGUUUGAAAAGUUACAGGGUUCUGAAUUUGCCCUUUAUGAAGUUCCAAGCCAGCCUGCACUGGAGUGGUUCUCUCUCAAAGUACUAGGAGCCAGCAAACUGAUGUUGAGUUUAAUGCAAUAUUGUUCUAAAGCUUUUCUAUUGGCUUUACAGCACCUGAACUGGAAAGAAUUCAUUAUUCUAAAUGUGGUCCUAUCUGGAGUGCUCAGCAGAUUGUGGGUGUUUUCCAGAGGCAUAUUGAAAACCUUGGUGUGUCUUUAUGAGAAGAUGUUUCCUUUUCUGCAAGAUGUGUCAAAGGUGCAAAACCUGACUUUCUUGAAGGACUUUGCACUUCCUGCUGACAUUAAAAACUUUUUGGGCCCUAGCUAUUUUGAAAUGCUCCAGAAGGAGCUGCCUAAAGUACCACUUGUCAAGGGGGUGCAAGUCCCUGCCAGGUCUGCUCUUUUGAACAGAUUUUCUUCUGGAUUUGAACAGAAAAAAGAGAGGACUGAGCCCCCAAAAGUGGAAUCAAUAAACCAAAAGAGCACUUCAGAACAAGAGAAAAGUUUUGAUUUGGGCAUCCCUGUGUCAGAAAAACGAUCUGAGGGUUUGGGUAACCUUCCUGGAUUGGAUGUGAAGGCUUUGUUUAAAAGACCUUGUGGUGCCACUAAGGUGACUGAAGGUGAUUGCCAUGUGCUUCCCAAAUGUUUGAUGAAGUGUCAAAGGGCUUCCCUGCUGGAAGAAUCUUUGUUUUGUAAGAAGGAAUCCUUUGUCUGCCAUAUAAAAGGGGUGGCCUCCUUCAGUGAUCUGACUGCAAGUAUUAAGGAAGUACUUGAGUGGUGCAAAGGACAGAGACUGCAGUGGGAAUCCAGAUGGCUGAGCUACCAGCAUCUGAAGUGCCAAAGACUAAAACACAUGGAAGCAAAGGGUUACCGUUUCAGCCGCAAGCUUAAUUGCUACAGAAAACAGACCUGCAGAAUCCUAAUCCCAGGAGAGAGUGCUAUGAGGAAGUAUUCUACUUCAAAUACAAAAUGGAGUGUUCGAAGUCUGCAGUCUAAGUUCCAGAUGAAGUGGAAAUCAUCCAGGCAACAUUCCAAAACUAAAAUGGACUUAACUCUUGUAAACCCAAAGGACACGACAAAAAAUACAGUUUCAAAUAGCAGCACGGAACAGGAAGAUAUUGAUAGCAUUUUUGCAUCCAUAGGCUUAUAGCUGUACAGAUAUUCUAAAGAUGAAAUAUUUAGGGAUUCAUUUUAUAUUCAAAUACUGAACUAAAUAUUUUAGAUCUAACAAAUGGAAUGAUAUGGAAAAACCGUAGUCUCUUAAAUUGUGUAGUAUGUGAGCACAUUGUGGGGGAAAAAGAGGUG